AUGAACAUGAUAUCUGAUGUAUACCACGCGUACCAAUUGGUUCACUCGCAGGGUAUACCCGAUGACCGCAUAAUAGUCAUGCAUUCGGACGAUAUAGCCUACGAUCCACUCAACCCAACCCCUGGGGUUAUAAUCAACGCUAUUAACGGCACUAAUGUUUACGAAGGGGUUCCUAAAGACUAUACUGGAAAUGAUGUCACCAUCAAGAACUUUUUUGGUGUACUUAACGGCGACCCUGAGCUAAUUAAACAUGGCAAGAAAGUGAUUAAAACUAACGCAAAUAAUCAAAUAAUAAUGUUCCCGAAUGAAACACUUCACGCAAAGGACCUUGUUAAUGUGUUAGGCGAGUUAUACAAGCAAAACAAAUAUGAUCAAUUAGUGGUUUAUUUAGAAUCAUGUAAAUCAGGAUCAAUGUUUGCAAACUUAUUGCCAAAUGACUGGAACUUAUAUGCCCUUGCUGCUACACAACCCGAUGAAUAUGGGGCUCAAUAUUCUUACGAUUUUAGUCCCCGACAAAGUUUCCUUGCUACUUAUUUUUCGACCAUAUGGUUCCAAAAUGCUGACCAAAGUGAUCCUGAAAGGGAGACCCUGGACACACAGUUUCAAUACAUAGCCGCCAGACCUGAUGUAUGGGUGCCCUAUCAGGUGGGCGAUGAGACCUGGUGUCUCAACGUUACGCAACACCCCCAACAAUAUGGCGAUCUAUCCAUUGCCAAAACGCGUACUGUUUCGCAGUUUAUGGGACCUCUCUCACAAAAUGGGCUAAACAAGGAUAUUAAGCAAGAUAUAAUUAUUGAAAAAUGCAAUCUGACCAUUGACCAAGAUAUAUAUGUGUUUUUGGCACAAAAGCGUAUUGAUCUUACUGUUGAUACUAAUGAGAAGCAACGUUAUCAGGAUCAAUUGGAUGGUCUGACUAGGGGUCGUGAAUAUGUGGAUAAAGUAUUGUAUGAAUACGUGAAUAGUAUUCAACACUUAAUGCCAAACAUCGCAACCAAUGCUAUACUCAAUACAAACCGAGAGCUCUAUAACAGAGAGUGUUAUCGAAAAAUGGUCGACACUUUCAAUGAGAAGUGCUUUAAUCUGUCAAAAAAUACAUACGCUUUACAUAAAGUCCACGUAUUCAUCAAUAUAUGCGAGACAUUGAAUGGACGGACAGAAGUUUGGGAAAGUGCUGCCAAACAACUGGACAACUGUGAAAACAACACCGAAAAUGAAUUCAUUGAAAUGCACAGUGAAUUGCAGCCACUUUUGGCCAAAAACAUUGGACAUAAUUCACACCCAAUAACUAAUCAAAGUGACCGAAAAAGUUGUAAUCUCAUUAACCGAUUACCCUUCUCAUUUUGGCUGACACCUGUCUGGAUAUACUGUAUAUAU